AUGCCACAAAGUGAAGACACCGUUGCCAAAGCUUGUCUCUUAGUAGAAACCACCUUCCGGUUUCAAAGAAGGUCUUAUGGCGGGAACCACCUUCCAGUUUCAAAGAACUUGAAGCGGUCUCAAAACUACAAACAGGCCUUGGACCUUGUGCCCAGUAGGAGAGAAAGGCACCAGGACAAAAAACAACAACACACAGUCAAAGGAAAGCUGCUAAGCACAAAGAGCUCCACUCAGCUCCUUGAACCAGGAUCCCUGGAGGAGAUGGAAAGGAGACUUUAUGGCCAAAACUUGCCACAUGAAAAUAAGAAGCCCUUUUACCUGUACACAGGCAGAGGCCCUUCGUCCGAAGCCAUCCACGUUGGCCACCUUAUCCCAUUCAUUUUCACAAAGUGGCUUCAAGAUGUAUUUAAUGUUCCUUUAGUCAUACAGUUGACUGAUGAUGAGAAAUACCUCUGGAAAGAUCUAACGGUUGAGAAGGCAUACCAGUAUACCAUAGAAAACGUCAAGGACCUCAUAGCCUUAGGAUUCGAUGUCAAUAAAACCUUCAUCUUUUCUGAUCUGGACUAUUUGGGAACAAGUCCAGAAUUCUACAAGAACAUCUUAAGAGUUCAAAAGCACGUUACAUUCAACCAAGUCAAGGGAAUUUUUGGCUUUACAGACAGCGACUGCAUCGGAAAGAUUAGUUUCCCUGCCAUUCAAGCUGCUCCGUCCUUCUGGUACACUCAUCAUUUCCAAGCAGACUCCUUCAAACGAUAAGCUUAGCUGAUAUUCCAGUGGCUUUGAUCCCAUGCAAUCUAUCUGAUCAGGGAUCCUGGUUUCAGAAAUGAAUCCAGAGACGUGGCCCCGCGGAUCGGCUACCCCAAGCCGGCAUUAAUGCAUUCCGUGUUCUUCCCAGCCUUACAAGGGGCCCAAACGAAAAUGAGCGCCAGCAACCCCAAUUCGUCCCUCUUUCUCACCGACACACCCAAGCAAAUCAAAACAAAGAUCAACAAGCAUGCCUUCUCUGGUGGGAAAGACACUGUCGAAGAGCACCGGAAGUACGGGGGCAAUUGCGAUGUGGACGUCUCUUACAUGUACCUCACGUUCUUCCUUGAAGAUGAUGAGAAGCUGGAGCAGAUCAAACAGGCUUACACAAGUGGAGCCCUUCUAACAGGAGAACUGAAGAAGCUGCUGAUCGAAACGCUUGUAUGUGUGCCACAAACGUCUGAAAUCGUGUCAAUAUUUUGGGGAUACCCUUUCUGGAACAACCUGAACACGAGCGUUCCUCCACGGAAAGCAAAGGAGAUCCACAUGGGUUAG